AAUUCCUAACAAUGUCAAUGUCAGUACGCAGAAAGCGAUAAAAUCGGGUUUUUAUUCAAUGUUUAUUUAAGUUGGUCGGUUGUAAAAACAGCGUAGCUAAGUAUUACCUAAAUCAGUAUUUCGAAAAGGGUUCAUAAAUCUAUUUCAUCGUUGUAUAACACAUCAAAAUGUCGCUAAAUACGGCUCAUGCCGAUCACGGAGUAUUGAUACAUGCAAGGGAAUGUAUCAUACUGUUUUCGGACAAUGUCUCAGUUGAAUUCUACGGCAAUGACACAACUGAGUUCACGGGUGUCAAAACUGGGCGCAUGUAUUUGACAACACAUCGCAUGAUUUUCAACUCAAAAAGCCGUUCUGAGCCAUUGAGAUCCUUCAGUUUCCCUUUUGUUACAUUGGAAGAUGUUACUGUUGAGCAGCCUAUGUUUUCUGCUAAUUACAUCAAGGGUAAAGUUCAUGCACAAGCCAAUGGUAACUUCAUAGGUGAAGUAAAAUUCAAGAUAGUAUUCAAGUCUGGAGGUGCCAUUGAGUUUGGUCAGGCUAUGCUGAAAGCUGCACAUCUUGCCACUCGUCAUGUGUCUCCGAGUGCCAUGCCUCCCCCGUACGCACCGCCUAGCGGGCCGUGGUAUGCGGCUCCCCCACCGGCCUAUGCACCACCUCCACAGGGCUACUACGGAUGGGUGCCUCCUUACACGGCCUUCCCCGAUCAGCCACCACCAAACUCAGUAUUUGUGUCCGACAACCCCCCACCGUACCCGGGCGUGAUGGGCAGGCCUUAUCCGCCCGGCACUGGCUACGCCGGCGCCAGUGCCCAAGACUCUCCGUCGCCAACAGGUGCAGGAUUUCAGCAUGGCCCCUCCGCACCGCCUGGCUACCCUGGAGCCCCGGCUGGCAUGUCCGGCAUGUCCUCAAAUGAUGCUAAGGCUGCAGAGGCCGCACAAAGCGCCUAUUACGAUCCUAACAGGCCUCAGACAGCUUACGUGCCCCCACCUUACAACGAUCAACCGCCGACUUAUCAGGAGUCGUUGUCAAAGAAAGAAAAUUAAUGCAUUGUCCACAUUUCCAAAUGCCACCAAAGAACUCAUGUCUUAAAGGUCAAGAUGAGUUCUACAUCCCACUGGAAAAAUUGGGGGAAGAGGCAGACAGUGACUAAACUAUAUUAAUGUAACAUUCCUAAUGUCUAUUGAUAGUCGUAGCUAGUUUUUGGAACUUUUUGAAAUCGCCCGAAUCAUUAACAAAAUGUAUCCAGAAAAAUUUAUGUAGUUUUGGAUCCUGGCUACGUCUUUCUUUGGAGUUUGUUAUAUUAGCCUUUGCACUUUAAUUUAGUAGUUCAAAGAAUAUAAAUUAAAAAUCAUUUAUCAUUUAGAGAUUUGGGUUCAUUUAUACCAACUGGUUUUGUAAAUGUUUGGUUCGGUGAAGUCUGAAAUGCUGUUAAGUACUGAAGGAAUGAGUAUGAAUGGACCCCUGCAAAUGUUAUAAUUAAUAUAAAAUAAAUAGAUUUCUUAUAUAAACAUGUUACAGCUAUUUACAAUUAAUGUGAUAUUUUAUUAUAAAAAAUAAAUCUGUAUUCACUUUUACUGUUGUAGAUAAGAAUCUAAUCAAAGUGUAUAAUGUUUGAACAAUUGCCGAUUUAUUUUGUAUUAAUAUUAUUAAAUAUAGUAGUGUUACGACUGUGUAUUGAUAAGCUGUAUAUUUAUUAUUUCCGUACAAAAUUCAAUGUACACAAAAUUAUAAGCUUAAUAAAGGCUUAGCUUGUUA